AUGCGAGCAACAACUGCAUCGUCCCAACAGCCAACCCGCAUUCACGAAAAUCAUGUGACACAAGCCUGCUCCUUCCCAACCAACAAACAGCCGUUGAAGAUUCCGCCAUUCCUCGAAGCCUAUCGCGUCGCCAUAAUCAGCUUUGGCGCCUACAGCUACUUCAACCGCCAACUUCCGCCUGACCUGCUCUACACCAGCAAGACCACCCAGCCCCCCGAUUUCUCUCCGCAGGCCGAGAUCGUCACCCUUCAGCUCAUCAACGUCUUCCUCCUCCUCGCCGGCUUGGCUGUCGUCUGCUGCUUCAGCAAGGACAGAUUCGUGGUAAAGGGGUACUGCACCGUGGUCGCGUUGGCGGAUUACGGCCACAUUUGGUCCGUCUACAAGGGUUUGGGACCUGAGGCGUUUUGGGAAUUUGGGAAGUGGAACGAUCUGGUUUGGGGAGGGGUACUGGCGUCGGCGUUAUUGAACUUGGUGAGGUGGGGUGUGGUGUUUGAUGUUUUUGGGAGGUUGAAAGAUGGGGAGGAGAAGGUGAAGACAAAGUACGCUGGAGCUGGUUACGAGCAGAAUCAUUCGACGAUAUGA